CCCGAGGGCUUUUACGUCGCAGUUUAUUUAAAAAUGGCUGAGGUGGAGAGCCCGUCGUCAAGUGCUGGCCUUGCGGAGGCGCUGACAGAGCAGGAAAAUGCCGAGCCGGCCGCGAAAAAGCCGAAAAUUGAGCCCGAAAAGGGCAAUGAGAAGCUUGAGCACCGUCUCGGCGGCAUCCUGUGCUGCGCCGUCUGCCUCGACCUGCCCCGCUCAGCUGUCUACCAAUGCUCAAACGGCCACUUACUGUGCGCCGGAUGCUUCACGCACGUGCUGGCGGACGCGCGUCUGCGCGACGAGGUGGCCAGCUGUCCGAGCUGCCGCGUCGAGUUGUCCCGGGCGUCCGCGUGUCGCAACCUGGCUGUGGAGAAGGCGGUCAGCGAGCUGCCUGCGCCGUGCACCUUCUGCGGCAAGGAGUUUGCCAGGGCCGUGCUGCAGCGACACCAGGACGAGCUGUGCGACGAAAGGAUCACCGAGUGCCAGUUCCGGCGCCUCGGGUGUCCGUGGUGCGGUCCCCACCACGAGGCCGUCAGCCACGCCGCAGAGUGUCCGCACCCCAACCGCUCCGGCCGCGACCUCAUGCCCUUGCUCGAGACCCUGGACAGCAAGGCCGAGGCCCAGGAGGCCAUCUUCAACCAACUCGUCAGUCUACUCUCCUUUGAGAAAAUAACUUUCAAUGAUCUGCAGAUGAAACCGUACCGGACUGACGAAUUUGUGCACAAGCUGUUCUACGAGUCGGCGCGCUUCACGGCCUUCAACAACCAGUGGGUGGUGAAAGCGUUCAUCAACACCAAGAAUCAGAGGGACCCAACUCAGUGCUCGGAGCGUGACAUGAACUACCAGGUGGUACUCAAGUCGAAAAGCACCCCUUCGCCCCUGACUGUGCACUACAUGGUCCUGAGUGGACCCUUUGGUGACCUUAAGGUCAACCCGCAGACAUAUGUGGCUGAGUUCUCAGACCAGAGCUGCGAGGGCCCGGUCGUGUCCCUCCCCAUUCCGGACACCAACGAAUGCAACCGACUGCUCGCGUCCAAGACUUUCAGUCUGAGGUAUUUUCACACUCUUACUGCCGCUAGCAAGUCGGUUGAGUUGUUUUUGUUUCCAGGCUCAUCAUGUUCUUGGUGUCCAAGUAGUUGGAGAAACUCGCAACUUUAGCAAGAGAACUGCAUAUAGGGGGAAAAGAGAUAAUGAGACAAAUAUAUAUAAAAUAUAUGUAAGAUGGAAAAAAACAAUAGUUAAUGUUGUAUCUUGCGACAAAAAGCAGUGUUUUGAAGGGAAAUCUCGCAGGCUAAGUCCAUUUUCACGCUGCUUACCGAGUUGCAGCUUUUCUCUCAACAAAAUUUUUCUAGUUUAUUUUAUCAUUUAACCCCCAAUUAAUCGAUUUGUUAUUUCAACAGAAUACUGUGUAACCUUUCUAGUAUUUGAAUACCUAAGAUAUGGAUUAUGUAUGAUUCUUAUUUAUUUUCAAAAGACUAAAGGGCUAGUUAUAUUGAUUUGAUAUUUCUCUCUCUACCUUAUAUAAUUAUACAUUGUUUUCUCAAUUUCGUUAUAUUUUAUUUGAAAAAUCACUUGCAGCCAAAGGGACUGCACUGUACAAUUUGAAAGAUGUUACGUAAAUACUUAAGAAAGCUUAUAAUAUAUAUAAUAUUAAUAAUUACUACUUCACUUAAUAGUGCAUCACUGUAAUGCUGUUCAGAUACGAAACUAGUUUCCAUUGUGUUAUGAAGGCCAACUAAAAAUUGUUUGGUUUCAAAAUUACCUAGUUUGUAAUAACACAUCUCUUAACAAAAGAUGUUUAUCAUACUUACCCAAAAGGAUAUUUUUAUUUGGAAAUCAUUUGUAAGUAGUGGAGCAAAAUAAAGAUAGGCACACUCAAACACAAAAA